AUGGAAUCACUAUUGAAGUUGCAUCAUCAUCAUCAUGCACACAUUGGUUCAAAACAAAGCAAACCCAUUUCGCAUGUUGUUCCCAAAUCCACCUUUUUACCUCGUACAUACCACAGCUUUGUUCCAUCAUCACCAAUUCUUACUGUUUCCUAUCGUCCUCUUCAAGUUCAUGCUGGUUCCUCUUCUUCUUCCUUUCAAUUCAAGCAUUCUGGUAAAAUAAGGGUGGAUGAAAGUAAGAGCCUGACUUUAGAGAGCGUCAGGCACUCUUUGAUUCGCCAGGAAGAUAGCAUCAUAUUCAGUCUUCUGGAGAGAGCUCAGUACUCUUACAAUGAAGACACAUAUGACAACGAUGCUCUCUUUGCAGAUGGUUUUCGUGGCUCUUUGGUUGAGUACAUGGUCUGCGAAAGUGAAAAGCUGCAUGCCCAGGUGGGAAGAUAUAUGAGCCCGGAUGAGCAUGCUUUCUUCCCAAAAUACUUACCUGAACCACAGCUCCCACCAUUGAAGUACCCACAGGUUCUCCAUCACUGUGCCAAUUCAAUAAAUAUAAACAAGUUGAUUUGGGACAUGUAUUUUAAGGAUCUCCUGCCAAGAUUGGUAAAACCAGGAGAUGAUGGUAACUGUGGAUCAGCUGCUGUCUGUGACACUCUUUGCUUGCAGGCUCUCUCAAAGAGAAUCCACUAUGGGAAAUUUGUUGCUGAGACAAAGUUUCUAGAAUCCCGUGAGCUAUAUGAGCCGGCCAUUAAAGCGAAAGACAGGAAACGGCUGAUGGAGUUGUUGACGAAUGAAUCAGUGGAGGCAUCGGUGCAUGAGAGAGUAGAAAUGAAAUCAAAAACAUAUGGUCAAGUCGUAAAGAUCAUUGAAGAAGGUGAAGUAGUAGAUCCUGCUUAUAAAAUCGAGUCAGGCUUGAUUGGCAAUCUUUAUGUAGAUUGGAUAAUGCCACUCACAAAGCAAGUGCAGGUGGAAUACUUGUUGAGAAGACUUGAUUAA